AAUAAAACAAAGUCACUUGCUUAAAAUCCCAAGAAAUCCCUCUUUUUAGUUUGCUCCUCCCUCUCUGCAACAACCUUUACAGUUUCUACCUUAUCCCUUCUCUACCCCUAACAAACUCUCAAAAUCACCAAAUCAUACCAUGACAGACAAAGAGAGGGCCAUUCUCUGCUUCCAGACGUUACCAAACCUAAAAACUACACACUGCUCUCUCACGGAAACCACGCACCACCGCGAACCUCUGUGGAGAAACGCGCAAUUCAGUUGCAGAAUCCGGAGUGAUGGAAGCAAUGGCAGUUUUAGUAAUUUUGCUUCAGUCUCAAUGGCAGAGAAUAAGAAAGAUAAAGGAAAUGAGUUCGCGCCGAGUACGGCUCAGCUAUUGAAGCAUCCGUUAGCAAUACUGGCUUUUGUCCCGAGAGAUGCUGCGAUUUUUGCCGCUGGAGCUGUCGCUGGUGCCGCCGCGAAGACCGUCACCGCUCCGCUUGACCGUAUUAAGCUACUCAUGCAGAUUCAUGGAGUGCGGGCCGGGAAGGAAAGUGCUAAGAAGGCAAUUGGUUUCAUUGAGGCGAUAUUAAUGAUAGGGAAAGAUGAGGGAAUCAAAGGGUAUUGGAAGGGAAACCUCCCUCAGGUGAUUCGGAUCAUACCUUAUAGUGCCGUCCAGCUCUUUGCUUAUGAAACUUACAAGAAUAUGUUUAAGGGAAAGGAUGGUGAACUCUCAGUUAUUGGCAGACUUGCAGCAGGUGCUUGUGCAGGCAUGACAUCUACUUUUGUAACAUAUCCUUUGGAUGUCCUGAGAUUACGCUUAGCAGUUGAACCUGGGUAUCGCACUAUGUCUGAGAUUGCAUUAACAAUGUUACGGGAGGAAGGAGUUGCAUCAUUUUACUAUGGUCUCGGACCUUCUCUUCUUGGCAUUGCUCCCUAUAUUGCCGUGAACUUUUGCAUUUUUGACUUGGUGAAGAAGUCAUUGCCUGAGAAAUAUCAACAGAAGACUCAAUCAUCUCUACGCGCCCCCACCCCCCCGGGGAAAAGAUACAGACGCACUCUUCUGAAACUCUAUGCAAAGGAGAAGCAUUUUCUUGUCAUGAACCAGCAAAAAACAGACUUUGAGGUCUUUGUAUCAUUCAAGGAGAUGGAAGCUAAGUUUGAGAAUUUCAUCAAGCAGCUAGAGGCAGCAAAUAAAUCUGAAGCUCCCUCGGGAAAUCUCCAUCGAAGUAUUGGGUCCUGUUUGAUUCUCAAACACCAGCAAUUGGAUUGUCAUUUCCAUGGUUAUUAUCAAAAGCCCCCUCUAGCUAUGCUUGGCAUGCGGCCUCUCCACCAGAAAAGACUUGAUGCUGGCAUAAUUCCGUUUAUCAGGCUGCUUCAGAGAUGGUCCAGUUGCAUGUGUGCUAGUCCUGCUUGA